AUGGCUUCCCCCGAGAUGAUCGAGGCGGAGCUCAACCACCUGUACCGUCGCCAGUGGGAUUGGGCGGUCACCCCCAUCUCCGGCACCGUGUUCUCUAUGGUCUUCCCCGACGCCGUCUCCCACGGAUACGCCACCCGCAGCGACCAGAUCACACUUGCCCUCAACAAGCUCGUCGUCGACAUUUCCGAGCCGAUUCUCGACCCGAAGGCGGUGGCCGUUCUCGACACGGCCUGGAUCCUCAUUGCCGGGCUCCCCAACAUCACGCGCUCUGAGCGUGUCAUCCAUCAGAUGUCGCGGAUUCUAGGCAAGGUGCGAGUUAAGGUCAAGUGCCUCGACUCCGGCAAGCUGCGGGCCACCAUCCGAGUCUUCUUCAACGACCAAGGUUUCGACCUCCGCAUUGCUCCCGAGCCGCCUAACCAUGUGGGUCGCCCUCGCUUCGCUGACGACGCCCCUCCCGGUGGUCGCCCUGGCCCUAGCGACGACUAUCACGGUCGCCACCACCCCCGCUCCCACCGCUCCGACGACGAGGAUGGAUCGGAGGAUAGCCCCUCCCACUCCCCUUCACCGGCGCCUCCUCCUUCUACCUCGACCCAGGGGGGGCGACCGACCGGUCGGUCCCUUGCGGCCCUGCCUGAGGGGCUCCUCCCGCUCCUGCCCUCGUCUCCGAUCGCGGAACCGCUGGCCAGCGACACUUCCAGUGUCGGGCUCGUCGUCAUCCCGGCGUCCUCACCUCGCUCUCCUGAUGCGAUGGACGCGCCUCCCCCGUCCGGUCCGGCGGCCCCUUCUCCCGCCCUGGGCUCCUCCCCGAUCCAGCCUGAAGCUUCUCCGCCGGCUUCCCCCCGCCCCGCGGGACUCAUCCCCUCGCCCGCGGUUCCCGAGGCCCCCGCCGUGGUGCCUCCUCCCGCGUCUCCUGCUGUGGUCUUCGAUGGGGAGCGGCCUACUUCACUGCUUGUCCAGAUGGCUUCUCCUCCGCCCCCUACGGCAUUCCAGGUGCGGGUGGGGCGGGACGUGGCGCUGGCGGCCGCUUCCCCGCCUGCCUCUCCUCGCCUUCCUGCUGUCUCCCCCUCGACGAUGACUACUGCAGGGUGUGGGGGCGCCUCCACCCUGGCUACCCCUCUAGCGGCGCCCCCUCACCCACCGCGGUCCACGGCCUACGCCAGGCGCGGCCGGUCGACGUCGACCCCGGUGACUUCCUCGCGGCGCAGUGCCCGGAUCGACGCUGCUCGCCCGGUUGGCAGCCCCGCCCUUCCCAUCUCGGAACGGGCUGAGCUCCGGGCUGCGGCACGUAACCUCGAGCCAGGUACCCCGGUCAUCCCUCCUUCUUCUGCUACAUGUUCGUUCUCGGCGUUGGAGUCGGUCCCACUUGGACAUCUUGCCAAGGUCGCGACCGACUCUGAUAUAGUGUUCAGGGGGGAAGUUGCUCCCCCUUAG